CCGUUGCGUGUGCAUUUCCUGGCAUUUCUUGGCCACCAACCCUCCCCUCCCCGCCCUGAGCCUGGGCUUCGGGAGCAUUUACUCCCAAGGAGGAGCACAAACCUAUUUUGCUUUGUGUGUGUGUGUGAGUGAGAGAGAGAGAGAGAGAGGGGGGGAGGAAGCAAAACAAACUAUUCAAUCUGAGGAGACACUAAGAGGACUGACUCCCCCCUUCCUACCCGGCCUCAGAGACUCUCCAAAAAGAUCCAUCAUGAAGAAAUGGGCUUGAACAGACUGAAUGACCUCCUGAAUCUGUUUCGAGUACAGAAACCUGCUAGCUUCAUUCAGUACCCUCCGGAGCCCAGACAUGGAGAACUCCUCAGUGGCUUCAGCCUCCUCAGAGGCUGGGAGUAACCGCUCCCAGGAGAUCGAGGAACUCGAGCGCUUCAUCGACAGUUACGUGCUGGAGUACCAGGUGCAGGGCUUACUGACGGACAAACCGGAGACUGAUGCAGACAGCGACAAAACACCUCCAAAUAUCUCCCAGUGGCCUGAGGAUUUCAGUGACGCUCUGGAUGGAAGUUGGCCAUCCCCAAAGGAGAGGAACUCCUACAAGCAAAGCAGUCAGGAAGAAUGGGAUCACAGUAGCAAUGGGAGUACAGGCUCUCGGCCUAGUUCGGACUCCAGGUCUGGGUCUGGCUCAAGGUCUGGCGGCCGAGGACGGGGCCACCUCACAGGCAGCACUCGGCACCUGGCAAAGAAUUGUAGCCGAGAGACAUCAUACGACAUCCUAGGGACAGACAUUUGGGCUGUGAACACGUUUGACCAUGUCAGUGGGGCCACAUGGGACCUGCAGCCCGAGAAACUAGAUUUCUCAACCUCGUUCCAUCGGAAGCAUUUCCGGAAUGUUCCCAAACACCUGCCGCACAUCGACCGGGAUGGGGUGGUGAAGGGGACACCUGAGGAGGAUGGAAACAUUACCUUGAACGACUUGGACAAAGUGCUUCCCGUCCGACAGGUUUACCAACCGCUGCCUCACGAAGCUGAGAUCGCACAAACCAAAAAGUUAUUCCGGAGACGUCGGAAUGACCGGAGGAGACAGCAAAGAAAUCAAGGUGGAAACAAAGCCCUACAACAGCAACAACAACAACAGCAGACAGAGCACCAGCCGAACUACCCCAAGCAGAGCCGGGAGCACAGACAGCACCAACCACCCGCCUCACACCCCUCAGGCAAGCAGGGUCCACCCAACCAUGGCUACAGUCAGCAACGCCGAUGGCAACACAGCCAGAGGCAUCCUGCCAACGACAAGGACUCCAGCCGCAACGUCAAAGACAGUAAAGACGUCCCAGGCGAGGAGAGCUGGCACAGUCUAGGGCAGACUGCAGGGGACCCCCAGAAACCCACCGAGACCCCUGGCAGUCCCACUCCGGCCUCCCAGAACUCUGACAUCAAAUCAGAGGAGAGCGUCUCUGACCAGCACGCGGACAGGCCGAAAGUUAGUCUGUUGGAGUCUUCCAAAGAUAGACUGAAGAGGAGGCUCAAGGAGAAGGAUGAAGUCUCCUUCGACACCCCAAACCCUCAGAAAACCAAAAUGGACAAACUAAUCGAGAUCCUCAACAGCAUGAGGAACAACAGCCGGGAUGUGGACUCCAAUCUGACCACUUUCAUGGAGGAAGCACAGAACUCCACCAACUCCGAGGGGAUGCUGAGCGAGAUCGUCCAGACCAUCUACCACAAAGCCGUGACGGACAGGAGCUUCGCUUCUACAGCAGCCAAGCUCUGUGACAAGAUGUCUCUCUUCAUGGUGGAGGGGACCAAGUUCCGCAGCUUACUGCUCAACAUCCUACAGAAAGAUUUCACAAUGCGUGAGAAGCUGCAGCAGACUGAUGUGGAACGUUGGCUCGGGUUCAUCACCUUCCUCUGUGAGGUCUUCGGGAUCAUGAGGAGCAACGCAGGCGAGCCCUUCCGUGUCCUAGUCUGUCCCAUCUACACCUGCCUGCGGGAGCUGCUGCAGUCACAGGACGUGAAGGAAGACUCUGUUCUUUGCUGCUCAAUGGAGCUGCAGAGCACGGGGAAGCUGCUGGAGGAGCAGCUGCCAGAGAUGAUGACUGAGCUGUUGGCUGCCGCGAGGGACAAGAUGCUGGGCCCCUCGGAGUCCCCACUCAGCCGCUCCCUCCUCCUUGAGGUCAUUGAGCUGCACGCCAACGGCUGGAACCCUCUGACCCCAACCAUCAUGCAGUACUACAACAAGACCAUCCAGAAACUGACCGCCUGAGACACCGACCGGCUGGAGAGAGAGAGAGAGAGAGAUACGAGAGGGAUGAGAGAGCGAAAGAACAAGAGAGACAGGAGAAACAGGAGAGGACAAACAUUUGUAUGAAGGUGGCAGUUUGAGAAAAAAGGAAUGAAAGGGAGAAAGAGGGGAAUGAAUUGAAGGAGGAGAGGGAUCAAUCCCAGCAUGCUGAGAAAUGUUUUGGGGGUAUCCUUACUGUCACUCAAGUGCCACAGUUCCCCCCCCACCCCAUUCCCCUGCGCUGCCUCUGUGUGUGUGUGUGUUUUUUUGAUUGUCGCUAAAUCACUGACAACACAUCAAACCAUGGUUUC